UACUCUUCUAUAUUAUAUAAAAUAUACACUGAUAGCUACUCUUCUAUAUUAUAUAAAAUAUACACUGAUAGAUACUCUUCUAUAUUAUAUAAAGUAUACAUUGAUAGCUACUCUUCUAUAUUAUAUAAAAUAUACACUGAUAGCUACUCUUCUAUAUUAUAUAAAAUAUACACUGAUAGCUACUCUUCUAUAUUAUAUAAAAUAUACAAUGAUAGCUACUCUUCUAUAUUAUAUAAAAUAUAC